GUCUUCAGCGCCUUUGGCUACCACGACUAUGCCUACUUUGGAGAAGCAUCAGUUUACGGCCAGGACUUGACCUGCGAAGUUCUCCAGAAUGCGUUGGAACGAGUUCCAGACGAGGAUGUGUUCCCUGAAGCGCCGUCGCAAAUCACAGUUGCAUCAAGCCCAGCUGAGGAGGAUGUUUACAUCAAACGUCCCAAGAAAAACUCAGGCCUAGUGGCUAAGCUGUUCUUAGGAGAAACCGAAACGUUCGAAGACCUGCUUCGGAAGCCCCGUCAUAAAAUUAUUGUCCGGUAUCACGGCUGUAUUGUCAAGCGGAAUCGUAUCACCGGGAUCGUUCUAGAUCGAUAUUCGAAAACACUGGAAGCUCGCCUAGAGGAAGGCGCCGACGGCUUCAACAAAAGAUUAUGCAUGGAUGCAAUCGUAUCAGCAGUGGAGUAUCUUCACUCCCUUGGAUAUGCGCACAAUGAUCUCAAUCCAAACAAUGUCAUGAUCGCCGAGGAUGAUUCCCCGAUCAUCAUCGACUUCGAUUCUUGCAAGCGAUUCGGCGAAGCCCUUAUCAGCGGAGGCACAUGGGGAUGGAUUGACCUUGAUGAGGAUUACGAGACUUCUCAGCGACGUCACGACGAAUUCGCCUUAACGAAGAUGUGGAAUUGGCUGGAGGAG